AUGCCUCCCUCUACGCACUCUUCACAUGAAGUCGCUUUUCCUCAUGAAGACACCACGUCUAGGACCACUCAGGAAAGCACCGUCUUCAACAAGCCUGAAGAUUCUGAUAUCAUCAUCGAACAUCAUGGUAUCAAGAUUCAUGCUCAUCGCGCCAUACUUCGCAUGUGCUCGCCCUUCUUCGAGCGCAUCCUCCAGUCUCAGUGGCCUGUAGCCAAGGGCCCCGUCUUCUCUCUCGGCGACGACGAUGAUCCCAUAGUCGUCGAUGGAAUGCUGCGCCACAUGUACAACCUGCCAUACACCGACUCGUUGCAGUCGAAUGACAGUGACGAACUCUUCAAGUUACACGUCGAGACCUUCUUCCUGGCCGACAAAUACGACUGCCCUUCUCUGCGUCGCGCUGCUGUCUCCAACUUCCACGAUGCUGCAACGAAAGCUUUAGACUCUGGCAGGCUGAUCUUGCUCAACAACACUAUCGCUACUCUUUGCGGCCCUGAUGCUCGCCAAACCGCCGAUGUCUCUCUACGCACUGCAGCUCUGGACUUCUGCGCCACUAAUUACAACAAGUUGUUCGAGUGGGCCUUGUUCCGCAAGAAGUUGAGAGAGGGCAAUCUGUUUGAUGUCGAUGCCGCAAACAAAUUGCUCGAGAAGAUCGGAGCACUUGCCCUGAAGCAACGAGCUGACGAGGGCCGCCGUUACGGGCUCCUCGCUCCUCGAAAGCGCUAUGCUGGUGGUGUUGAUCCCGACAGACUCGACUUCAGCGAUUUGGACGAUCUCGACAACCUUCUUGAGCCUUCCUCGCGCGCACAGGCUGAUGAAGGAUGCCGCAGCUCUUGA